AUUGUUUUUCGUUUGGAUAGUUGAUCCAUAAUGAGCAACUCCUAUUUGUUUAAUUUGUUAUUUUUUGAAUAUGUCAUCGUGAGAAAUUUGUUCCAUUAUUAUUGUAAACAUAAUGUAUUCGUUUCAUGUAAUUGAUUCAUAACUUGUGCUUGUGUUUUUGUUUGUGAAAAUAUAUUGAGAGUGAAAGCCAACGCCCUAAAUCACUUAAAAUACUUUGAGUGAAAUAUAUAUGCAGUCAGUACAAAUGUUUGAGGACUAAGGACCACAAGAGCAGAUCACAGACCAUCGCAGAAUAAUAUUGAUUUGUUUUCACCCAUCUGUCUCCUCCAUAUUCCUUAUUCCAAUGUACCACCUGAAACCCUGUUUUCAACAAAUCGGUAUAUAAUUACAUCAUAGUUUGGAUUGGGUUUUCAGAAGUGAGACUGCAAUUUUCAAGAUCUGAAAUGGUCAAGAGUCGCCAAAAGUCGGGCAAGAAUGUUGGUGAUGUAAAAGACUCAAUGUCAGAUCAUUCGAGAGACAGUAUCCUCAUUCGGGUUUACCCUCAUCUGCCUUCAAUUUCAGAGCAAAAAUGGAGGAACUUACUGCAGAGUGACGAUGAAGAUAAUGUGCAUUAUAAAAUCAUGAAUGAAUCUUGCAAGGCGGCUAAAAAUCAUGAAGAAUCACAAGAUUUGUCAAAAAAGGCAUUUUCAUUUGUGACAAUGUGCUGUCAUAUGGCAUGGAUGAAGAUAAUUCAGAUGAAUUUCAUGAGAAUCGACCCAGGUGAAAAAUCAGAAGAUUUUGAGGAGAAAUGGCAAGCUGAUACUGAGCCACUGAAGAGCCCACAUGCAAAUGAUUUCUGGCCUGUACCAAAUGACCUUAUUCAGAAGAACUUUGAGAGACUUUUGAAUAUAUCCAGCAAUUCUGAUUCAGACACAAAAUCCAGAAGUGAGAGUGACAAGGACCGGGGAGACUCCUCAUUGACAGCAAGACUGUUGCCGAAUAUGAGCGAGGCGGAGCUGCACUCUCUAAAAACAAAACUUGAGAUUCCCAUCUCCAAGUACACAGGCAGUCAAGAUUAUCUUGCAGCAAAGGUUUCCAAUGAGCAAUCUUCUUUGAGCUGCGACUGGUUGAGGAAAGAAACAACUGAACAAAUAAUUAAACUGUUGGGUCCAGAAAAAUCAUUCAUUAAGAGCAUUGACAAGUAUCCUGAUUUCAUACACGAGCUAACUGCUACAGAACAGGUUGAGAAGGAGAAAAUUCAUAGAGAUGAAUCGAGUAGCAUUGAUUCAUGGCAUAGAAACAUGGAAGAGAAAGUAUCAUUCUUCCAAAAGCUUACUGAGAGUGAGAGAAAACAUUUUCUCCCAUAUUUGUCACUGAUUAAUGAAUCACUUGAAACUGAUCAACAAGAUGAGAUCUAUUUCGGAAACUGCUGAUCUCAGUAUCAUCAUAUUGCUGAGGAAAGGGAAAUUAUGUUCUCGGAAAUGUAAAAUUAUGCGUAGAUUACUCUUGGCAGCUUUUAUUACUGCUAUUGGCGAGUAUUUUAUUGUUUGUUUAUUAAAUUUCUUCAAUGAA